AUGGAGGUGUCUUCUGUUCUUCUCUGCAAUGGGUGUACCUCAUGGCAGGGGCUUCUGUUCACAGCCUCCCUUUUAACAUGCUGGCAACUGCCCACAGCCAUCCAAGUCAGAAAUGAAUCUGUCCCACCCCAAGUGGUUGAAGGAGAAAAUGUCCUUCUUCUUGUCAAUGGUCUGCCAAAGAGUUCUAAAGCUUUACUUCCAGAUUCCCAUUCUCAGUUCUGCAACCCUUUCGCUUCUUCCCAACUCAUGAUCCAACCGGUGCCUCGCUAUGCAACUGAAGGGGAAGAAUACAGAAGAGCCAUGAAUUCCAUCAUCUGGGGGCCUGAAGUCAGAAGAAGAGAUAUAGUGUACAAUAAUGGAUCCCUGAUGCUCCAGGAUCUCACUGAGAAAGAUGCAGGAAUCUACACACUAGCAGUUUUAAACAAAGAUUCCAAAAUUGAAAAAGCAUAUGUGGAAUUUUAUGUAAAGAGUAAGUGA